GCCUCCGGCACCACAUGAUGCCGCUGCUCCUUCCUGCCGCCUCUGUCCCGAGGAGAGAAGGGAACUGGGCGCCGGGUGGGAGGAAGUGAUUCCGCUGCCGCCCGUCGCCGCCGCCGCGGGAAGCGCGCGGCCCCUCCGCCCCCCCGACGUUCUCGCCGGGCCGGGCGCCCUCAGCGCCAAGCUGCGUGGGGCCGGCCAUGGCUUGGUUGUGGCUGCUAGCGCUGCUGGCCGCCGCGCUGGCCCCAGGCAGCACCUUCAACCUGGACGUGGAGCAGCCGGCCGUCUACUCGGGCCCCGAGGGCAGCUACUUCGGCUUCGCGGUAGACUUCUUCGCUCCCGAUCCAUCCUCGACAUUUCUUCUGGUGGGAGCUCCAAAAGCAAACACUACCCAGCACAACAUUGUAGAAGGAGGCCAGGUGCUCAAAUGUAACUGGAAUUCAAACAGAAACUGUCAGCCAAUUAUAUUUGAUUCCACAGGCAACAGGGAUUUUGCUCCUGAUGAUCCGCUGGAAUUUAAAUCUCAUCAGUGGUUUGGAGCCUCUGUGAGAUCCAAAAAUGAUAAAAUUCUGGCCUGUGCCCCAUUGUACCACUGGAGAACUGAAACAAAACAAGAGAGAGAGCCUGUAGGAACUUGCUACCUGCUUUCUGGAUCUAGAUCUGUGGAAUAUGCACCCUGCAGGUCAACCACAAUCGAUGCAGAUGGGCAGGGAUUUUGUCAAGGUGGAUUUAGCAUUGACUUUACAAAGGGAGACAGAGUGCUGCUUGGAGGACCUGGAAGCUUUUACUGGCAAGGACAACUUAUUUCUGAUCGAGUGACAGAGAUCGUGGCUAAAUACGACUCCAAAGUCUACACUACAAAGUAUGAUGACCAAUUAGCAACCAGACCUGCCAGUGCUGCUUUUGAUGACAGCUAUUUGGGUUAUUCAGUGGCAGUUGGAGACUUCAAUGGUGAUGGCAUAGAAGACUUUGUAUCAGGAGUCCCAAGAGCAGCAAGAACUCUAGGCAUGGUGUCUAUUUACAAUGGGAAAAACAUGUCUUCCAUGUACAACUUCACUGGAGAGCAGAUGGCUGCCUAUUUUGGGUAUUCGGUGGCUGCCACAGAUAUCAAUGGCGACAAUUAUACAGAUUUGUUUAUUGGAGCCCCUCUUUUUAUGGAUCGAGGUUCUGAUGGGAAACUUCAAGAGGUUGGACAGGUUUCCAUUUGCCUUCAACGAGCCUCUGGAGGAUUUCACAUCACCAAGCUGAAUGGUUUUGAAAUAUUUGCAAGAUUCAGCAGUUCUAUUGCACCUUUGGGGGAUCUAGAUCAGGACGGCUUCAAUGACAUUGCAGUUGCUGCACCAUAUGGUGGAGAGGACAAGAGAGGACUUGUCUAUAUUUAUAACGGAAGAGCAAAUGGUUUGAAUGCAGCCCCAUCUCAAAUUCUUGAAGGGCAGUGGGCUGCUCGCACUAUGCCACCGAGUUUUGGGUACUCACUGAAAGGAGCCACAGAUGUGGACAAAAAUGGAUAUCCAGACUUGAUUGUUGGAGCCUUUGGUGUUGACACAGCUGUUUUGUAUAGAGCUAGACCAGUUAUUAGAGUAAAUGCUGCCCUAGAAGUUAAUCCAACCAUUCUAAACCCAGAAAACAAAGCCUGUUCACUGUCAGACGUAAAAGUUUCUUGCUUCAAAGUGAAGUUCUGCUUAAAAGCGGAUGGCAAAGGAAAGCUUCCUACCUCACUCAACUUCCAAGUGGAGCUGCUGUUGGAUAAACUUAAGCAGAAAGGAGCUAUAAGGAGAGCUCUCUUUCUCCACAGCAAACAGCCCAGCCACUCUAAAAACAUGACAAUUACGAAGGGAGGCAAAAUGAAUUGUGAAGAACUUGAUGCCUUUCUGAGGGAUGAAUCUGAAUUCAGAGACAAACUAACUCCCAUUACUAUUUUUAUGGAGUAUCGUCUGGAUUACAGAACAGCUGCAGAUGCAACAGGAUUGCACCCUAUCCUCAACCAGUUCACUCCUGCUAAUAUGAGCAGACAGGCACAUAUUCUGCUAGACUGUGGUGAUGAUAAUGUCUGCAAACCCAAGCUGGAGGUUUCAGUAGAAAGUGAUCAGAAGCAGAUCUAUAUUGGUGAUGACAAUCCAUUGACACUAAUUGUCAGUGCUCAGAAUCAGGGAGAAGGAGCCUAUGAAGCAGAACUCUUUGUCAUUGUUCCGCCCCAAGCAGAUUUCAUUGGUGUUGUUCGUAACAAUGAGGCUUUAGCAAGACUGUCAUGUGCUUUUAAAACAGAGAAUCAAACUCGCAUGGUAGUUUGUGACCUGGGAAAUCCCAUGAAAGCAGGCACCAAGCUGUUAGCUGGCCUGCGUUUCAGUGUGCACCAGCAGUCUGAAAUGGAUACCUCUGUGAAGUUUGACUUGCAAAUCCGAAGUUCCAACCUGUAUGACAAUCUAAGUCCAGUAGCAUCCUAUCAGGCUGAUCUGGCUAUUUUAGCAGCUGUUGAAAUUAGAGGUGUGUCAUCUCCCGAUCACAUAUUCCUUCCUAUUGCAAAUUGGCAGCCAAAGGAGAAUCCAGAAACAGAAGAUGAUAUUGGGCCUCUAGUUCAGCAUAUCUAUGAGCUGAGAAACAAUGGUCCAAGUGCAUUCAGCAAGGUGAUGAUGACUCUGCAGUGGCCUUACAAAUAUAAAAACUACACACUGUUGUACAUUGUUCAGUAUGAAAUUGAUGGUCCCAUGAACUGCACUUCUGAUAUGGAAAUCAAUCCAUUGAAAAUUAAGAUUUCUGCUUCUAAAGAUGAUGAAAAGAAUGAUACACUUAGCAGGGAAGAUAACCACGAUCAUCGCAUCAGUCGAAGGGAUAUAACUGCUAUUGAAGGAGAUGUACAGACUUUGGGCUGUGGAACUGCUGAUUGCUUAAAGAUAGUCUGUCAAGUUGGGCACCUGGAAAGAGGAAAAAGUGCAAUAUUGUAUUUAAAAUCACGCCUCUGGACCCAAACUUUCAUGAAUAAAGAAAAUCAGAAUCAUUCCUAUUCUCUCAAAUCAUCUGCUUCUUUCAAUGUUAUAGAGUUCCCUUAUAAGAACCUUUCUUUUGAAGAUAUCCACAAUUCUACAGUAGUUACUACAAAUAUUACAUGGGGCAUUCAACCACAACCUAUGCCUGUGCCGGUGUGGGUUAUAAUUUUGGCUGUCCUAGCAGGAUUAUUGCUCUUGGCUGUUCUAGUCUUUGUUAUGUACAGGAUGGGGUUUUUCAAACGUGUGAGACCACCUCAGGAAGAACAAGAAAGAGAACAACUGCAACCGCAUGAGAAUGGAGAAGGAACAUCAGAAGCUUAAGCAGAGUUUUAUCUGUAAGACAUUCUAAAAUUUUAAAAUGCCUACAUCUUGGUUACGAACAUUGGUUUCCCUCUUAAGGAAAAAACACUCAUAACUGCAAAGCUGCUGCUCUCGGAAGCUAUCAGCAUAUACAAAAUAAGAGCGAUAUAUUUAAAUCUUCCUUUUUGUUUUAAUUAUGUUCAUACAUUUGACUAUCUGCAUUGAUUUGUGUGUGAAAAAAAGAGUAAUAUGUAAUGCUAUGAUUUUCCUUCUUGGGAUGUCAGAGACAGCAUCUUUUUUGAAUCAUGGACUGACUUAACAUGAACUGUAACAUGGAUUCUGCAUUUGCUCUUGAAGCCAACAAGUUCCAUAGAUACUUAGUGGUUUACACAUUUAGGUUUGAUUGGGGGGUUUUUUGAGGUUUUUUUUGGUGCACACUACAUUUCAUUUCCUAGCUCUUGAAGACUAGUUGCACACAAAAAAAUUGAACAUUGAACAUAGCCUGUUUUACAAAACUAGAAAAUAUUCUGUGACUUGUUAAAUCUGCUGAUGAUUUUUGUCCUGCCCAAAAAAAAAAAAAAAAAAAGAAAUAGAUUGUUUAGUGGAAUUAUACACAUCUGAUACCUAUUCUGCAUGUCUGUUCUCCUUCCUGCUCAGACACAGGUCUUCUGGUUUCCCUUUAAACUUCACAAAUACGGUUCUCCAGGUCCUACAUCUCUUACUGUAGGGAUUGAGCCUACACAAACAGAAGUGAGCAUUAGAAAGGUGCAGAUGAUAUACUUUCUGUGGGACCUAGGGAAAAGAUAGAUUCAGGUCAAGAUCCAAAGACUAAGCUGUGUAUUUCCAAGGAGCAAAAUCCAGGUGUUCCACAGAAUUCUUGGCAGCAUGGAUCCAUUCAGAUACUGCCAGGGACAAGAUGUUAGACUUCAUCUGCCAAUAGAUGUGUUGUUGAGAAAACCCAUAGUAUUUAUGUUCACAGGCCAAACCUCAACAGGAUUUGAAGUCGAGUCUGCCUAUUACUUGGCUUGAAUUUCAGUUUCUGGCCAAACAAUGGAGAGGGAUACUUUGUGACAGGUUGCCUGAUGUGCUGUAGGGAAGCUGUUGUUAAUUCUUACAUUCUGUGGUUCACCAUGCCUGAGCGCAGGAUGGAGUAAUACAGGAACUGCUUAAACUAAGCUGCCAGCCAAAUGUAUCUGGAGUAGACGAGUACUUCAGCUGUACUCAUGCCUGCUUUCCUACCUGCCCUCAGUGAGCUUGUCAAAAUAGAGCGGGGCAUAUCUGGCAGCACAAAAAGAUUUAAGAAGGAUGAAGACUUUCAGUUGCACAAUACAUUUCAUUAUGUUCAAUACAUUUCUGGUAAUGAAAAGACACUAAAUAUUUUGUUUUGUUGUUCUUUUUUAAACGUAAGUUCAGUGAUUUAAAGCCAUGGGUUUAUUUUCCUUGGCACUGGUGUCAUAGAGUGAAGCUUCUUUUACUUGCUAGUAAACACAAGAACAUUGUCUAUAUGCAUUUCACUAGACAUGUAACUGCAAAUUAGGAAGUAGUUUUGCAUGCAACCACAUGUAGCUGUGUUGCACAAAUCUUCAAGUGAACAUACCUAAACUAUUACAAAGGUGCAUUAUAUAAGAUUUGGUUAUUCUCUGCUCCAAAAAGGGAAUAAAUUAAGUUAUAAACUCCCCAUAUGCAGUCACAUAUAGAAAGGAAUACUUCUACUGUCAUUAUACCAGUGAGAUUUCUAUGUAAACAAGCUGUUAAGAGGACAAAACCUCAGGUUUGGUUUUCUGUCUUGGGGAUUUUGUUCAAAGCUGCAUCUCCCCCAUAAAUACUGCAAUGCCCAGUAAACCCAAAAUUAUAUGAAAUGAAAUGAACUCUCAUUUCUGUAUCUUUUCUGAGAUUUAAAAAUUGAUUUUGUUUGUAAGUCCAUUCUUACUUGCUGAACCAUGAUGGCAUUUGAGUCAUUAAGAGAGACAGCACAAAGUCUGUGGGGGCCAGUGUGUAUAUCAGAUAUAGGCUUGCGUAUUUAUCUAUUUACGUGUUAUAGUUUUAGAUAAUUUGUUUAGAUGUAAUUAGUUUAUAUGAGAGUGUAGGACAUAAAUUCACUUUUACUGUAUUUUCAUUGUCUUCAAUGUGGCCAAGGUUUUAUUUUUAUCUUCUAAUAUUGUUACUAGUAAUGUACUAAAGAAUCAAGAGUCAGGAUUUGCUCCUGGCCUCAAAAUGUGACUUUUAUAAAACACAGUUUCAGUUACACAGGCUUUUCGCACACUUUGUCAACUGAUUAUCUAUAUGCAAGCAGAUCGGUUUUACCCAGUCUUAAUCUUGGUAGGUUAAGAGGUUUAAGAGACUGUCAGACAGAUUAUAGCUCUAAUUCUUACAUGUGUGCUUUCAUUACACAUACACACUGUGUUGACUUCAAAUUUAUUAGACUACUUGCACGUCUAGGCAUUAUAAGGAGAUGAAAGUAACAUGGAAGGGAUAUUGUAGCAUUGUAAAUGUCAGUGCUAAAUGCAUCUUAAUUUUAUUGUUGCAACUGGAAGCCCUUGUUUUGCUGAUUUUUCACGAUAAAAAGGUACAUUUUAUUGGUAUAACUACUGUAGCUAUGGAAAGUUACUUCCAUUUAUUGAAGUUACAUAAAGUAAAAUGUAUUUAAGUGAUUUUCAUUUUCUUGCAUUCUCCUGGAGAAUAAAAGCAAAUAGGCGCUUCUCCCAUGUCCAUUAAUUUCCAGUUGGUUAAAAUAACCAAAUCCAUUAACACAUGUAAAUAAGAGUAUACAGGUUACUUAGUGAACAUAGGUAUAACACCCUAAAUUCAGCUUAAAGUAACAUACGUGUUUCAGGAAGACUCUGAACAAGAUGUUUUCCUGAAUGGGGGUGCAGGAAACAUUUGAUAUCACAUUCUAGACUCAGGUAUAAGAUUACAGACUGUAUGCGUACUUAAUUUCAGUAUGAAUUUCAUACUGACUUAGAGCAUUGAUAUAUUCUUAUAGCAAAUAUUGUAGGAUGAUGUUAAAACUUAAAUAAAAAAAAAUAAUUGUAGAAUUAAAUUAAUGCCCUUGAGUCAAAAUUGAUGAGCGUGAGAUAUGUACUGCAAGCAUUAAAAAAAUACAAGUAACAGAAUUAAUGUUCUUUUGAGAGUUGUUUCAGAAGCGUAUCUUUUAUGAAUGGAAAAUCAACACAUAUGUAAUUAUUUAAACAAUGAAGACAUUUUAAGAGCUAUAUAUUUUAUAAUGAAAUAUGAAAUUUGUUAAGUACUUCAGUUUGCAAUUAUUGCAAGAUCUCAUGAUCAAUAUUAAAAAGCAAUUUAUAUUAAAAAUACAUACUCUCUAUUACUAUAUUUCACAAUACUUAGAAAACAUAAAGCCAGGAACCGAAUUUAUAGGUUUAUAUUUCUUUCAAGAAACUACCAGACUGGGGAGAUAGCUUUUGUUUAAGCGUGACUGCAAAGUCAAACGUGGGAGUAAGUUGAAAUCUUUGAGAAAAUAUUUGCAGAUAUCAGUAUCAAGUUAAUAAUUUUAUUUGAUUUUUCUGUUUUAAAUUUUGAUUUACAUGUUCAUCUUUGAUUCACAUAAUGCUUGUGGAAAUUUUAAGAAAGUUUAUGAUAUAUGCCCCUUUAUGCUCCUUCUUUAUAAAUCAUUUAUUGCAAACAAAGAUUUAAUAUUUAGUUAUUUCAGAAUUUCUGUCUGUGCUUAAUAUUUAAACUCUCAUGGGUAUUUUGAAAAUAUUUCAGCUAUAAUCAAAUGGUUUUGAUGAUCCACGUUGCACUUAGAUUUUUGCAAUAUUUGGGCUUGCUGUUGGUUAGUCUGGUAUAGACCCUGCACUAUUGUUUUCUUACACUUUCAUAAAUAGUCGCAGAGCAGCAUUACCCUGGUGAGAAAUCUAGUCAGUUUUCCUCUUGGGUUCAGACUUAAGACCUGGUAUUCUACAGUCUUAAGUCACAGAAAACCUGACAUUCAUUGUGGUCAGCUUUGAAUGUGACUCUUUCUGUUCAAUGCUGCUGGCUGUUUUGUAAAAUAGGAUUUUAUAAAAGGAAAAUGGAAAUUAAAAAACUAGAAGGGUGGUGGCAGACCACAGAUGAGCCUUACAAAGAGAUGAUUUUGUUUGUGUUUCUGAGAUGGGAAGAACCCAUUAGUUCUCUGUUGACAGUGGCCUCGUCACACAAAAAAAUCCCACAGUUUGGAUCAUGAUUAUAUGCUGAACUUUAAUAACUCAUUGACUUGAGUGGGACCUGAACUCUGGUACUGAAUCUCUAGCUUCUGAUUCCCAAGUGCAAUACAAUAUGGUCAGAUCUAGUUCACUGCCAAGUCAUCUGUGUAUUUUUGUUUGCUUGAGAAGGGAUGUAGCAUUUGUUGACUUACUGUGGUCAAUAUUUCUAAGGACAUUAACAAACCAAUUUGUUAAAUUGAGGUGAUAAAUGAAUGGUAUAGAAAGUGUUUGAUCACCCACAUUGGGUGAAAUGUGAUGUAUAUUCUAAAGCGUACCCGUUACUAACUCCUGAGUUAUGGAGAAUUGGUACAAUAUUCUUGUCCAUUGUGGAAAAUUUGACUAGAGACUAUACAGUAAUGGUUUAGAGUCUGUAGUGCUACUACUGUUUCAUGGGGUUGUGGUAUUUAGUAUUUUGGUCUAUUUUUGUUCCAGUGUGUAGAAUUUUCCAGUGUGUAGAAAACACAGGAACUCUAACCUUUCAUGCAAGGACUUUCUCCAAAUAUGCUGCAUUACGGUUGAGUAACCUGACUCUUGGCUUUUGCAAACUGCAUGAAGAUUUAAUUUAGCAUAUAAAUCUUCAAAAAACUUGUACAGGUUUAGGUGGACCUUUCUAGUCUAUGAAGAAAAACCUGUAUUUGCUAUGAUGUAUUUUCAAAAUGUAACAUUUUAUUUCUUUGUAAUUUUUGUUUUGCCUUUUUUGCUUGUGCAUUGAGUCAGUAGAGCAUUGUUUGCACAAGCAGAAAACUAACAUACUAAGGAGAGUGCUGUAUUCUUGGUUUCUUAGUUGUGUAUUAAAUACUUGUAACAUAAAUGAAAAUACUUUCAGUAACUAUGAACUUAUUCCAGAGGUCUUCGGUACAUUUAAGGAGAGCAAUAUACACUUGAUGCCACCUUAUUUUUAUUAAAUUAUAAGUCUUGCAAAAAAAUGGGGUGGUUAUGGCAUAAUAAUUUUGUACUGGUAUCAAAUAUAUAGCUAUUAAGCUAUGGUUUUCUUUUCAACUACUUAUUUUCAUCGUAAUC